UUAAACUAAUAUUAUUCUUACCAUUACCAUUAAUUCACUACCGGGUAUGUCGACUGAAACUGUCGGUUCAUGGACGAAAUCAUGUGCAAUUUGUAAACGAUUAGAUGACAAAAUCGCUCUUAUCACAGGAUGUAAUACUGGCAUUGGUUUAUACACUGCUAGUGAGUUAGCACGUCGUGGAGCAACAGUUAUUAUGGCUUGCAGAAAUGUGGAUAAAGCUGAAAGAGCUAAAAUGCAAAUUUUAGCAAAAUAUGGCUCUAACAAUCCAAAAAGCCGAGAAAUUGAUAUUGCAUGCCGUGAAGUUAUACCAUCACUGAGUACUGUUGAACCACAUCAGCUUUUAAUCCAAGAAGUUGAUCUUGCUUCUUUGAAGUCGAUUAAAGCAUUUGCUGAUAAAAUCAAAGAAAAUUACACAAAAAUUGAUUUUUUGAUUAAUAAUGCUGGACUUAUACGACGCAAAUAUGAAACAACUGAAGAUGGUUUUGAAGUAACAAUGGGAGUUAAUUACUUUGGACCAUUUCUGCUAACAGAACUACUAAUACCAUUGUUGAAAAAUGCUGCACCAUCGAGAAUAAUAAAUAUUUCAUCUUUCACUCAUAAUGACGGACGUAUAGUUAAACCGGAUUUACAGUACAAUAAAAAGGACUAUAAGGAAAUGAAUGCAUACAAGGCAUCGAAAUUAGCAAAUGUUAUACAUGCUAUGGAAUUGAGCGAACGUUUAAGAGACAGCGGUAUCACGGCGGUCAGUUUGCAUCCGGGAGUAGUAAAGACUGAAAUAAUGAGGGAUCUCACUAGUUUUCCUUUGAAUCUUAUUCCACUAGUAUUCAGGAGAUUUUUCCUUAGCCCAUGGGAAGGAGCACAAACUACUUUGUAUACGGUGCUGACCAAUUAUUUAAUCUCAGGUGGUUACUAUUCAAACUGUGCACUGAAAGAACCUACAAGUCUGGUAAAAAAUGUUGAAGUGAGAAGAUGGUUUUGGAGACGAACGUGUGACCUAUUGAAUAUUCAACCAUCUGAUCAGUAAACUGUAUAUUAUUAAAAUGUAAUGUGUAAACCACUUGACUGAGAUUAACAUAAAGCUAUUGGUAU